AUGUCGAGAACCGUUCUUUAUACAUCAUCCAAGUUUAUUAGACCAAUAGUCCCCGUGUGCCUGGUCAACCAUUUCAAAUUGAAUGUCAAUGUAGUCGAUAUAUUCACUGAUAAGGACAAGUUCAAGCAAGAGUUCCCCUGGGCAAAACUACCGUCUCUCGUGGAGUACGGUUCUGGCUACAAGUUGACUGAGUCCAUAGCCGUCAGUCACUAUCUGACAGGGCUAUCUGAGAACAAGAGCGAAAUAGAAAAGUUGCUAGGGGCAAGCAACGACUUCAAAACCCAGUCACAAAUCUUAAGGUGGGAGUCCCUCGCAGUGAGCGAUUUUUUAACUCAGCAGGUCAACUACAUUGGACCCCUUGUGGGGAUCAGACCAUACGAGACGCACGCUGUCGAGAAAGCUCGGGGAAACCUAGAUACACUGCUAUCCCUCUACGAGUCUAGAUUGAACGAUAAUAAGUAUUUGGUUCGGAGUGACGGCGUUACCAUGGGGGAUCUUUUGUCAGCAGCAAGUUUCUACUUCGGUUUCAAGACUUUGUACGAUGCGGAAUGGCGCAGCCAUCACCCUGGGAUUACAAACUGGUACAAUGAAGUGACGCAGACCCCUUACUUGGAGAGUUUCUUCAAGGAUAAAUCCCCAGUGGAAAAAGCAAUACUCGAUCGUUCACAUUGA